UUUACAUGCCACAGUUUGGUGCUUAGGGCUCAGUUCUGGUAGAUAUUUUGAGUUCUAGGAACUGAAGGUGGAUUGAGAAUGAACAGAAGAAUGGAUUCUCGAAAAGAACUAAAUCCUCUGUGUGCGUUCAGAUGUUGUUGUGCUUUGACCAGUUCUGCAGCAACAGUUAAUCUGUAUGUGGACAAAUCAGACGAGCUGAGAUAACUUGGUGGGAACCAACGUAAGAAGAUUUUUCAUAUAAGGACAGAGAACAAGGAAAAACAUCCAGCACGGACAGAGCCGGGCGUGUGUUGGAGCAGUGACGGAGAGACAGGAGGACACUGACUGCGGUGACGGAGGACACUCGGAGCCGCACAUGUAACAUCACAUUUGGAGCAUCAGCUGGAGGAAUUUAACCGACAGCAGCGGAGCGACUCCAUCCGAGCAUCAAGGUCCAGUGAUGGUUUGCUCUACAAAUCGGACUAUGUGGCUUCAGCUCGGACCUCCACCACUCCCACCAAGUCUUUGACAGUCUGGGUGAAGCUCAGAGCCAGUGCUCGCCCUCGGACCUCGUCCUGUUUUAAUGGAGACUCACAGCGUACUGUCCUUCACCGUGGCCUUGCUGGGAUUUCUGUCUCCGUGUCUGACACGACUGACUCCCAGAGUCUCCUUCCCCUUCGGUAGCCCCGGGAGACAUCUCACCCGCUUCAGUAGCGAUGAUGUCAGCAACACCACCACACUGCUGCUCAGCGAGGGCGGAGACGUGCUGUAUGUCGGAGCCCGGGAUGCUGUGCUGGCACUGGACGUCGGCCACAAGGAUGUAAUCACUCUGAGGAAUAAGCUGGACUGGAGGCCUUCAGACAAAGACCUGGAACAAUGUUCUAUGAAAGGCAAGGAAAUGGCCGACUGCCCAAACUUCAUCCGCGUGCUGCAGUUCCUGAACGCCUCCCAUAUCUAUGCCUGUGGGACAUUUGCCUUCAGUCCACGCUGCACCUAUGUGAACUCAGAGACGUUAACAAUGAGCAUCAGGCCCGAUGAAGGCAGGGGUCGCUGCCCUUACGACCCCUACCAGCGCAACACGGCUAUCAUCGUAGACGGGGAGCUUUACACUGGGACAGUAGCAGACUACAGGGGAAACCGGCCGGUCAUCUCACGACACCUCAGUGAGGGCAGACGUGUCGACCUGAAGCUGGACGACACGUUAGGAUGGCUGGAAGAUCCAACCUUCAUCAGCUCCAGUUUCAUUCCCGACGAGGAGAAGGUCUACUUCUUCUUCAGUGAAGUAGGCAGAGAGUACGACUUCAUCGACAAAUUUAUCGUCUCUCGCGUUUCUCAGAUCUGCAUGAGUGACGUCGGCGGUCAGCGGACACUGCAGCGACGCUGGACCACAUUCGCCAAAGCUCAGCUCUUGUGCCAGGCGGACAACGAGCUCCCGUAUAAUGUGAUCCAGGACAUCGACACCCUCCCACCGGCAGAGGGAGCAUCUACAGACGAGACACUAUUUUACGGAAUCUUCACCUCGCAGUGGUCUGUCAACUCUGGGCGGUCUGCGGUGUGUUCCUUUCGCUUGAGUGACAUCAAAUCAGUUUUCUCUGGCAACUACAAAGUCCUGAACCGAGACACGUUGCAGUGGAGCACCCGCGUUCAGGAGAAGGUCGCAAAUCCAGGAGAGUGUGGACUGCACAACGCAUCUGACAACGCCCUGCGUUUCGUCAAGGAGAACUUUCUGGCGGACGACAGCGUGCGGCCCGUCAGGAGAAGUCUGACCAUGGUGUCUGCUGAGCACAAGUACAGUCACCUGACUGUCCAGAGAGUCCAGGCUGCCAACAACAGAGAAUACACCGUCCUCUUUCUGCUCACAGAGACUGGUUACCUGCACAAAUCAGUGUUGCUGCAGAGUGGGGCCCAUAUCAUCGAGGAGGUCCAGGUUUUUGAGCGGCCUCAGCCUGUCAAGAGCCUGAAGCUCUCUGUACCCAAGGGUGUGAUCUAUGUCGGCACAUCAGAGGGUGUGGUGAGGCUUCCAACAGCAAACUGCUCUUUUUACUGGACCUGUGCUCAGUGUGUCCUGGCCCGAGACCCCUUCUGUGGGUGGGACACUGCCAGCAGGGCCUGCGUGGAGGCGUCCAACACUCAGACCAGUGUAGCCCAGGACAUAGAGAGAGGAAAUGUAGAAGAGACAUGCAACACUGUGACGUUAACACACGGAGCCAGAUUUGGUCCAAACAAGAUGUCUGCAGCUUCAUGUCCCACAGGUGAGCUGGUGCCCGUGGCUCUGAAUGAGGUCGUGCGGCUCCAGUGUCCCGCGGCAUCGAAGCUGUCCCGGCAGCUGUGGGAGCGUCCCAACAGCCGUCUGUCCUCAGACCUGUACCUGCACCUGGGAGACGGGAGUCUGAGCUUUGUGGCCACCCCCGCCACACUGGGUCACUACCUCUGCCUGUCCACAGAGAACGGCUACCAGCAAACUAUGGCCAUCUAUCACGUCAGACAGAAGAGCAGCCCCGUCGUUCAGACUACCAGCAGCUACACCAGGCCGCGGACGCGCCCCACACUCGCCACGCAGGCUGUGUCCAGGUCUGGACCCGGACAGAACACGACUGGGUUUUGGCCUGAACCAAAAGAGACAAGACGGCAAGACACUAAACCAACACAGUCCACUCGGGACACACAGGGUGUUCCCAGACAGCGGGGAAAGAACGUGACCCUGUGGACUCUAAGAUCUGGACAGAAUGAGUCGGGCUUUGUGGAAGGAGAGCCUCUGCCGUCGGCUCGAUACCCCUGUUACCUGAAGGAGCUGGUGGUUGUAUCGGUCCUGCUGGUGCUCUGCCUCAGUUUGCUCAUCACCGUGCUGAUGUACGUCAUCAGGCAGCGCUGCCGCAGGACGACUGCUCCACACGCGGUGACUCCGAGCAGAGAGUCGGACAGAAGGACCCCUGUGGAGCAGGAGGCCCUCAGGAGAAACCAGUGUCUAAAUAAACGCACUGGACAGAGUCCACACAGUGGACAUGCCGGCGGCUCGGGCUGUAACGGAGCACUCACGGGCUCUAACGGACAUUUGCCCAACACUCCCAUCUGACCAGUCUCGGACAUUUGAACUGUUACAAAUGAGACGGGAGGUCAGUCGGAGAUGGUGGUUACUACCUGUGGUACUUUUAAAGUGAUAGUUCAGGGUUUGUUUGUUUGUUUAAGUGUGGUUGUAUGGAGUAGUGAAACAUGGGCCUUUUGAGAUGAGUUACCACUAUAAAGAAUGCGAUACAUCAUCAUAAAAGCCGGUAUGACACUGUUGUUGUGCUCAUGUGGGCUACAAAGGCAUAAUUAAGCACUUGUCUGCAGCCAAGGUGGAGACGAGUCUUAAAAAUGUCCUGACUAGUUAGUGGUUUGUAAAAAAGACUGCCAGCAAGUUCAUUUGUAGUUAGUGUAGCUGCAUCACAUGCUCGCCGGUGUUCACUUUAUGGCGGUUACGUUGGUUUCUUUGGAUUGGGUUAAUCUGGAAAAUAACCCUCCAUUUGAAGUGUGCCUCUGGAAACUCUCUGAAGGGCUAGUUAGUGCUAACGUUUCACGGAGUCCUGCUAACUCAACGAGGACCAGGAAACCCCACGCCAGGGCUAUUCCAGGACAAACUGCACUUGUUUAAACCCAGAAAUUUAGCUGCGGUCAGUCACUUUAUGCAGCGGGUGAUGACACAUUUUAAAACCAGCACAAAUGUGUGUAGCACACAGUGAAAAGUGCAUAAAAAAAUACUAUAUGUGAACAGAACACGUGACCCACGGGCGUCUCAAAGUGCAUUUAACAGAAUACAAAAGAAUUCUCAAAGCUCUCGGGCUACACAGAGCACUGCAGAAUCUUUUGAGGGACAGUGAAAAGUGUUUCUUGUUUUUUUCUGUGUUUCUGGUAGGGCGGAACAAUUGAUUUCAAUUUUAUAAAAAUUGCAAUACGACCAACUGCAAUUUUGUGAAAUCGCAGGAUUUUAGAUAAAAUGUUGACCUUCUGGUCUUUACACAUCAUAUUCUACACACUGAAGAAAACCUCUUUGUUUUGCACAGCUCUGCACAAAUGUUACAACUCAUAUUGCAAUCAAAAUAAUCGCAAUAUGAUAUUUAAAUAAAAUCUUUUAAUCGCCCUAGUUUCAGGAGAGUGGAUUGUUUUCUGAAGUUUGCUUUUGGGCCGAACAGCUACACUUUGAAGACGUAGAGAUGAGGGAAAGCACAGUAAAUCACAGUUGUGCCUGUACACACCUCUGAAAACAUAGCUAACAAUGCGGACACAAGGGAAAAACAAAUUUAAGCUACUUAUCGUAAGACUUGCCUAAUAACAUAAUAAUAAUUUUCAACUACUUUGGUUUAUGUGUUUGCAGCUUUUAUAUCAUCGUUACACAGGCUUUUGGUAAAUCCAAACACCAAAAGUCACAAAAUAACACGUGGCAAGUUACUGAUGAAGGCAGCACGUUUAUGUAAAAAUCACUGUUUUCUUCAUGGACUUUGGUGCAGAGAGUGAGCACUUUACAGAAACACACACUUGUGUCAUUACCUCAAACAACCACACUUCCAAAAAAACAAAAACAACUAUCACUUCAUGCAGACAUGCAUACAUACUGUGAUGUUCUGGACAUGUCGUUGCCAAUAGAAGGUACAAACAGAUCCGGUACAAAGUGAUUUUUGAAUAUUUCUUUUGUAGAGUAGUCAGAAAUUGAUGGCUCUUGUUCCUUUUCUGUAUAUUUUUUUAAUGUGAUCCUCUUCAAAAACCUAAUCCAAAUCCUACGACGCUACAUUUUAAUACAGGUGAGGUAUAAAAAUUAUAAUUAUUUUUGUUACAAGUCACCAUAAAUGUCAUAAAGGUACAAUGUGAUGUCUUUCAGCAUGUUACAGCCUCAUGUUACAGGUACGUUCUGAUGUUUGUGUUACAAGUAGAAGAAAUGUGAGCGACUGAAGCGUUUGUUGUCUGUGUUUCUGUUGUUUCAGGAGUAACUUAAUGAAACUGUGGUCUGACAAUCUUUGGACACCCUUGAAUAAAUGAAUAAAGAGAAAGUCCAGGCUUUUACUGAUCGUGCA